GUGCGCGCCUGUCAGCCAUAGCCGGAGCCACCGGCUUCUCCUCCCGCCCAGCACGCCUGCCACUCGGGGGCUCGAUGACCGCCGGACCUCGGACGCCGCCAGUCUGAGUUCUUUUUGGAGGUGGAUAUCUACUCAGACAAUAAGAAUUGUAAGAGCUCUGAGAGCUUUAUUUAAAAGAAUAAUGGAUGAACCAUCUUCCUUGGCCAAACCUCUGGAGCUGAAUCAGCAUUCCCGAUUUAUAAUUGGAUCCGUGUCUGAAGAUAACUCUGAAGAUGAGAUCAGCAACCUGGUGAAGCUGGACCUAUUAGAGGAAAAGGAAGGUUCUCUGUCACCAGCCUCUGUCAGCUCAGAUACACUUUCUGAUUUGGGGGUCUCUAGUUUACAGGAUGGCUUGGCCUUACACAUAAGGUCCAGCAUGUCUGGCUUACACCUUGUAAAACAAGGUCGAGACCGAAAGAAAAUAGACUCACAGCGAGAUUUCACUGUGGCUUCACCAGCAGAAUUUGUUACUCGUUUUGGAGGAAAUAAAGUAAUAGAGAAAGUUCUUAUAGCUAACAAUGGGAUUGCUGCAGUGAAAUGCAUGAGAUCUAUCCGUCGGUGGUCUUAUGAAAUGUUCCGAAAUGAGCGUGCAAUCAGAUUUGUUGUCAUGGUCACACCUGAAGACCUUAAAGCCAAUGCAGAAUACAUCAAGAUGGCAGAUCACUAUGUGCCAGUGCCUGGAGGACCAAACAACAACAACUAUGCAAAUGUAGAAUUAAUUCUUGAUAUUGCCAAACGGAUCCCGGUGCAAGCAGUGUGGGCUGGUUGGGGUCAUGCUUCUGAGAAUCCUAAACUUCCAGAACUACUCUUGAAAAAUGGCAUCGCAUUCAUGGGUCCUCCAAGCCAGGCGAUGUGGGCUUUGGGGGAUAAGAUUGCAUCUUCUAUAGUAGCUCAGACUGCAGGUAUCCCAACACUUCCAUGGAGUGGCAGUGGUCUUCGUGUGGACUGGCAAGAAAAUGAUUUUUCGAAGCGUAUCUUAAAUGUUCCACAGGAGCUAUAUGAAAAAGGUUAUGUGAAGGAUGUGGAUGAUGGACUGCAGGCAGCAGAAGAAGUUGGAUAUCCAGUAAUGAUCAAGGCCUCAGAAGGAGGAGGAGGAAAGGGAAUCAGAAAAGUCAACAAUGCAGAUGACUUUCCUAAUCUCUUCAGACAGGUUCAAGCUGAAGUUCCUGGAUCUCCAAUAUUUGUAAUGAGACUAGCUAAACAGUCUCGUCACCUGGAGGUACAGAUCCUAGCAGAUCAGUAUGGCAAUGCCAUCUCUUUGUUUGGCCGUGAUUGCUCUGUACAGCGCAGGCAUCAGAAGAUUAUCGAAGAAGCACCUGCUGCUAUUGCUACCCCAGCAGUAUUUGAACAUAUGGAACAGUGUGCAGUGAAACUUGCCAAAAUGGUUGGUUAUGUGAGUGCUGGAACUGUGGAGUACCUGUAUAGCCAGGAUGGUAGCUUCUACUUUUUGGAACUGAACCCUCGGCUACAGGUGGAACACCCUUGUACAGAGAUGGUAGCUGAUGUCAAUCUCCCUGCAGCACAACUCCAGAUUGCCAUGGGAAUCCCUCUAUUUAGAAUCAAGGAUAUCCGUAUGAUGUAUGGGGUCUCUCCCUGGGGUGAUAGUCCCAUUGAUUUUGAAAAUUCUUCUCAUGUUCCUAGUCCAAGAGGCCAUGUUAUUGCUGCUCGGAUCACAAGUGAAAAUCCUGAUGAGGGUUUUAAGCCAAGCUCAGGAACAGUUCAGGAGCUAAAUUUCCGCAGCAAUAAGAAUGUUUGGGGUUAUUUCAGUGUUGCUGCUGCAGGAGGACUUCAUGAAUUUGCUGAUUCUCAGUUUGGUCAUUGCUUUUCCUGGGGAGAAAACAGAGAAGAAGCAAUUUCAAAUAUGGUGGUGGCUUUGAAGGAGCUAUCUAUUCGAGGUGAUUUUCGAACAACAGUUGAAUAUCUGAUCAAAUUGUUAGAGACUGAAAGCUUUCAAUCGAAUAGAAUUGAUACUGGCUGGCUGGACAGACUGAUAGCAGAAAAAGUACAGGCAGAGCGUCCUGAUACAAUGUUGGGAGUUGUAUGUGGAGCUCUCCAUGUGGCAGAUGUGAGCUUGAGAAAUAGCGUCUCUAACUUCCUUCACUCCUUAGAAAGGGGUCAAGUCCUUCCUGCUCAUACACUUCUUAACACAGUAGAUGUUGAACUGAUAUAUGAAGGAGUCAAGUAUGUACUUAAGGUAACUCGACAAUCACCCAACUCCUAUGUGGUAAUCAUGAAUGGAUCUUGUGUAGAAGUAGAUGUGCACCGGCUAAGUGAUGGAGGACUACUCUUGUCUUAUGAUGGCAGUAGUUAUACCACAUACAUGAAGGAAGAAGUGGAUCGAUACCGUAUCACGAUUGGCAAUAAAACCUGUGUGUUUGAGAAGGAAAAUGACCCGUCAGUGAUGCGCUCACCUUCUGCUGGGAAGUUAAUCCAAUACAUUGUAGAGGAUGGAGGCCAUGUGUUUGCUGGCCAGUGCUAUGCUGAGAUUGAGGUAAUGAAGAUGGUGAUGACCUUAACAGCUGCAGAAUCUGGCUGCAUCCAUUAUGUCAAGAGAACCGGAGCAGCUCUUGACCCUGGCUGUGUAAUAGCCAAAAUGCAGCUGGACAACCCCAGCAAGGUUCAGCAGGCUGAGCUUCACACGGGUAGUCUGCCACAAAUCCAGAGUACAGCUCUCAGAGGCGAGAAGCUCCAUCGAGUGUUCCACUAUGUCCUGGAUAAUUUGGUUAAUGUGAUGAAUGGAUACUGCCUUCCAGAUCCUUUCUUCAGCAAUAGGGUAAAAGACUGGGUAGAACGGUUGAUGAAAACUCUGAGAGAUCCCUCCCUGCCUCUCCUAGAAUUGCAAGAUAUCAUGACCAGUGUCUCUGGGCGAAUCCCGCUCAAUGUGGAGAAGUCUAUCAAGAAGGAAAUGGCUCAGUAUGCUAGCAAUAUCACAUCAGUCCUAUGUCAGUUUCCCAGCCAGCAGAUUGCCAACAUCCUAGAUAGUCAUGCAGCUACAUUGAACCGGAAAUCUGAAAGGGAAGUCUUCUUCAUGAACACUCAGAGCAUUGUCCAGCUGGUACAGAGGUACCGAAGUGGCAUCCGAGGCCACAUGAAGGCUGUGGUGAUGGAUCUGCUCCGGCAGUACCUGAGAGUAGAGACACAAUUCCAGAAUGGUCACUAUGACAAAUGUGUGUUUGCCCUUCGGGAGGAGAACAAAAGUGACAUGAACACUGUACUGAAUUACAUCUUCUCUCAUGCUCAAGUCACCAAGAAGAAUCUUCUGGUUACAAUGCUUAUUGAUCAGUUGUGUGGCCGGGACCCUACUCUCACUGAUGAGCUGCUGAAUAUUCUUACAGAGCUAACUCAACUCAGUAAGACCACCAAUGCCAAAGUGGCACUUCGGGCACGCCAGGUUCUUAUUGCCUCCCAUUUGCCAUCAUAUGAGCUUCGCCAUAACCAAGUAGAGUCUAUCUUCCUAUCAGCAAUUGACAUGUAUGGACAUCAGUUUUGCAUUGAGAACCUGCAGAAACUCAUCCUAUCUGAAACAUCAAUUUUUGAUGUUCUACCGAACUUCUUCUAUCAUAGCAACCAAGUUGUGAGGAUGGCAGCUUUGGAGGUGUAUGUUCGAAGAGCUUAUAUUGCCUAUGAACUUAACAGCGUACAACACCGCCAGCUUAAGGACAACACCUGCGUGGUGGAAUUUCAGUUCAUGCUACCUACAUCUCAUCCAAACAGAGGGAACAUCCCCACGCUAAACAGAAUGUCCUUCUCCUCCAACCUCAACCACUAUGGCAUGACACAUGUGGCUAGUGUCAGUGAUGUGCUGUUGGACAAUUCUUUCACUCCACCAUGUCAACGGAUGGGAGGAAUGGUCUCUUUUCGGACUUUUGAAGAUUUUGUCAGGAUCUUUGAUGAAGUGAUGGGCUGCUUCUGUGACUCCCCACCUCAAAGUCCCACAUUCCCAGAGGCAGGUCAUACAUCUCUAUAUGACGAAGACAAGGUCCCCAGGGAUGAACCAAUUCACAUUCUGAAUGUGGCUAUUAAGACUGACUGUGAUAUUGAGGAUGACAGUCUGGCAGCUAUGUUCAGAGAGUUUACCCAGCAACACAAAGCUACCCUGGUUGAGCAUGGAAUCCGACGCCUUACUUUCCUUGUGGCACAAAAGGAUUUCAGAAAACAGGUCAAUUGUGAGGUGGAUCAGAGAUUUCAUAGAGAAUUUCCUAAAUUUUUCACCUUCCGAGCAAGGGAUAAGUUUGAGGAAGAUCGUAUCUAUCGUCACUUGGAGCCUGCUCUGGCUUUUCAGUUAGAACUGAACCGGAUGAGAAAUUUCGACCUUACUGCUAUUCCAUGUGCUAAUCAUAAAAUGCACCUGUAUCUUGGGGCAGCCAAGGUGGAAGUGGGCACAGAAGUAACAGACUACAGGUUCUUUGUUCGUGCAAUCAUUAGACAUUCUGAUCUGGUCACAAAGGAAGCUUCUUUUGAAUAUCUACAAAAUGAAGGGGAGAGGCUGCUCCUGGAAGCCAUGGAUGAAUUGGAAGUUGCUUUUAACAACACGAAUGUUCGCACCGACUGUAACCAUAUCUUCCUCAACUUUGUACCCACUGUUAUCAUGGACCCAUCAAAGAUUGAGGAAUCUGUGCGGAGCAUGGUAAUGCGCUAUGGAAGUCGGCUGUGGAAAUUGCGCGUCCUCCAGGCAGAACUGAAAAUCAACAUUCGCCUGACACCAACUGGAAAAGCAAUUCCCAUCCGCCUCUUCCUGACAAACGAGUCUGGCUAUUACUUGGACAUCAGCCUCUACAAGGAAGUGACUGACUCCAGGACAGCACAGAUCAUGUUUCAGGCAUAUGGAGACAAACAGGGACCAUUGCAUGGAAUGUUGAUCAACACUCCAUAUGUGACCAAAGAUCUGCUUCAAUCAAAAAGGUUUCAGGCCCAAUCCUUAGGAACAACAUAUAUAUAUGAUAUCCCAGAGAUGUUUCGUCAGUCUCUGAUCAAACUCUGGGAGUCUAUGUCUACUCAAGCAUUCCUUCCCUCACCUCCAUUGCCCUCUGACAUGCUGACAUAUACUGAACUGGUGUUGGAUGAUCAAGGGCAGCUGGUGCACAUGAACAGGCUUCCAGGAGGAAAUGAGAUUGGCAUGGUAGCUUGGAAAAUGACCCUUAAAAGUCCUGAGUAUCCAGAAGGCCGGGAUAUAAUUGUUAUUGGCAAUGAUAUCACAUACCGAAUUGGGUCCUUUGGGCCCCAGGAGGACUUGCUGUUUCUCAGAGCUUCUGAACUUGCCAGGGCAGAAGGAAUCCCACGCAUCUAUGUAGCAGCCAAUAGUGGAGCAAGAAUUGGAUUGGCAGAAGAAAUUCGUCAUAUGUUUCAUGUGGCCUGGGUAGAUCCAGAGGAUCCUUACAAGGGCUACAAAUAUUUGUAUCUGACCCCUCAAGAUUACAAGAGAGUCAGUGCUCUCAAUUCUGUCCACUGUGAACAUGUAGAGGAUGAAGGAGAAUCCAGAUACAAGAUAACAGAUAUUAUUGGGAAAGAAGAGGGACUUGGAGCAGAGAACCUUCGAGGCUCUGGAAUGAUUGCUGGAGAAUCCUCAUUGGCUUAUGAUGAGAUCAUUACCAUCAGCCUGGUUACAUGUCGGGCCAUUGGGAUCGGGGCUUACCUUGUCCGGCUGGGACAAAGAACCAUCCAGGUUGAGAAUUCUCACUUAAUUCUGACAGGAGCUGGUGCUCUCAACAAAGUUCUCGGGCGAGAAGUGUACACCUCCAAUAACCAGCUUGGGGGCAUUCAGAUCAUGCACAACAAUGGGGUCACCCACUGCACUGUGUGUGAUGACUUUGAAGGAGUUUUCACUGUCCUGCACUGGCUGUCAUAUAUGCCUAAGAAUGUUCAUAGUUCAGUUCCUCUCCUGAACUCCAAGGACCCUAUUGAUAGAAUCAUCGAGUUUGUUCCCACAAAAGCCCCAUAUGAUCCCCGAUGGAUGCUGGCAGGCCGGCCUCACCCAACCCAGAAAGGUCAGUGGUUGAGUGGAUUUUUUGACUAUGGAUCUUUCUCAGAGAUUAUGCAGCCCUGGGCACAGACUGUGGUGGUUGGUAGAGCCAGGCUAGGAGGAAUACCUGUAGGAGUAGUUGCUGUAGAAACACGUACAGUAGAACUGAGUAUCCCAGCCGAUCCUGCAAACCUGGAUUCUGAAGCCAAGAUAAUCCAGCAGGCUGGCCAAGUUUGGUUCCCAGACUCUGCAUUUAAGACCUAUCAGGCUAUCAAGGACUUCAACCGUGAAGGGCUACCCCUGAUGGUCUUUGCCAACUGGAGAGGCUUUUCUGGAGGGAUGAAAGACAUGUAUGACCAAGUGCUCAAGUUUGGUGCUUACAUCGUAGACAGCUUACGAGAGUGCUCCCAGCCUGUGAUGGUUUACAUUCCUCCCCAGGCUGAGCUCCGAGGUGGCUCCUGGGUUGUGAUUGACCCUACUAUAAACCCCCGACACAUGGAGAUGUAUGCAGACCGAGAAAGCAGGGGAUCAGUUCUGGAGCCAGAAGGGACUGUAGAAAUCAAAUUCCGAAAAAAGGAUCUGGUGAAAACCAUGCGUCGGGUGGACCCAGUCUACAUCCACUUGGCUGAGCGAUUAGGCACCCCAGAGCUGAGCUCAGCUGAGCGGAAGGAGCUGGAGAACAAGAUGAAGGAGCGGGAGGAAUUUCUAAUUCCCAUUUACCAUCAGGUAGCUGUACAGUUUGCUGACUUGCACGACACACCAGGCCGGAUGCAGGAAAAGGGUGUUAUUAACGACAUCCUAGAUUGGAAAACAUCUCGUACCUUCUUUUACUGGCGGCUGAGGCGUCUCCUGCUGGAGGAUCUAGUCAAGAAGAAAAUCCACAAUGCCAACCCCGAGCUGACUGAUGGCCAAAUCCAGGCCAUGUUGAGACGUUGGUUUGUAGAAGUGGAAGGAACAGUGAAGGCCUAUAUUUGGGACAAUAAUAAGGAUCUGGUGGAGUGGCUGGAGAAACAGCUGACAGAGGAAGAUGGUGCCCGCUCGGUGAUAGAGGAGAACAUCAAGUACAUCAGCAGAGACUACGUCCUCAAGCAGAUCCGCAGCUUGGUGCAGGCCAAUCCAGAGGUUGCCAUGGAUUCCAUUGUCCACAUGACUCAGCACAUCUCACCCACUCAGCGAGCGGAAGUCGUCCGGAUCCUUUCCACAAUGGAUUCUCCUUCUACGUAGGACAAGCUCCCCACCCAGCCCCUGCCCUGUCUGGAGAAAAGGACUAGAGCUGCCCCGCACAAUGGAAACCACUGUAAUGGGAAGGCGCACUGGAUUCCAUGUGGUGUUUUCUUCCCCUUGAGUGUUUCGGGUUAUAUGUGACAUCUGGUACCCAGGACCACAAAGGCCUGGUCAACCUACACCAUUCAGUAUUUAUUACUCCAGCUGAAAUGACAGUCCUCUCUCCCUGCACAGGGCUGAGAAGGCAAUGAAGGGUACAAGCAUGUACCUUGAGGUCUUACAAAAGCAGGGCUGCUGCCUUUCUUGUCCUGCCAGCCCCUAAGCCCCAGCACAGGACCAUGUGAACAGUUUGCAAGCAUCAGCCGCCCCCCUGCCCCAUGAGCCGCAGCCAUAGGCAGCAGAGGAGGGCUGGGGCAGACAGAGGAGAAGAGGAGACAUCGAAUCCAUCGUUCAUACCCCCUAUAGCCCGGCACACACCGGGCACUGGAGAGGAACCAGUCCCUGUUUAACCACACCAAGAUCUCUGUUGACAAGGAAAUAUUAAGAGCACAAGGUCUAAUGCAAGUCCCAUGAGAAUUCAAAGAUGAGGGAAAGCCAUGACCAGAAAAGCAGACCAAAAAUAGACUGACUUAUGGUUCUUGAUUUGUGGACCUCCUCCUUGAGAUGACAUCUUAGUGCUCACGGACAGAUGACAUACCACCCUGCUUGUCACUAAGAACUCAGGCCGGUGUGUGAGCGCCCCUGCGCCAUGCAGUAGCCUGAACUGGUGGAGGCCUAGCCGGAGGAGCUGGCUCUCUUUUCUAUCAGUGAUAGAAACUUAUGCCACAAAGGGAGUAGGACACAAGAAAAAGAGUAGGACAUGAAAAGAGAAGUCUCCUCUUAGGAACUGGAAGGUCGUGAAGCCUGGAACUUUGCUGGUCACGAAGACUCACAGUGCCUAGGGAGUCACUUACCCUGUUCCAGGGCAGCUCCCCCGGCCCUGGGAUUUGCCCCUUUCCAGAAUGUACACAGGCAGCAGGUAUGGCAGAUCUCCCCCAGCUGCCCACAGGAUCCUGGUGACAGCUGUGCUCCGAGGUCCGGGCAACGGCCUUCCUGGUGUGUAGAGGUUCUCAGGAACACAGCCCACACGCCCUUAAGACCCUCACACCUCAGUCAUGGUGCUCAUGUCUGCCAGGCUUUCUGGCCCCUCCGGGCCAGUAGCAGGGGCCUCCUCAGGGGUGGGGGAGAGAGCUUAUUUUCAACAACCACUUUAUCUAACAAAGGAGCUUACUGAUUCCCCUGUUGGUAUGCCUAAAGCAAGAGUGGCAGGUGAUCGGGCUGGUGUAGCAUCCGGCUCCUACAGUGCAGCUAAUUGCAUUUGGCACUGAAAACCAAGGAGGAAAUCACUAAGAUGCCAUAGAAGCAGUGGAAUGAAGACUUCAGCUCGGAGCCUUUAUCCUGGAGUGGAUGCAUGAGAGCGAGCCCUCACGGAGAAUGAGUGGGCCUCCUCAGCCAUGGCAGAAGUGCAGCUGAUGCCCAGGAGUCGGCCUCCACCUGCCCCUGAGUUCAGAGUACAGCAGUUCCGCACCUUCAAAGAAGGGCAAGAAAAGAUGGUGGGGGCAGUGUUCACCCCUGCUAUGUUCUUGCUUUCCUAGUAGAUAAGGAUAGGACUCAUCCCUGCCUAGAUCUCUCACCUCCACACUUGAUGCAAAUGCAUCAAAUGAUCAAAUCCACAUAGCCAUGGGUGAGCCUAAAGCAUCCACUCCCCAGGAGGCGCCUGGCAUUUCUUCAGAGGUGGAGUGGGCUCUGCUCAUUUAGCUCCCCUGGCCCACCAAAUGAUGACACAUUAAAGAAAUAAGUUUCCUCUCCAGAACCCCGCAGUGCCUACUCUCCCAUCCCCAAGACAGGGGUUUUUCAUAUGGAGAAGCCAGACAGAGCCACAGCACAUGAGCAAUCUGAUAUUCCCACAGCCCAUUACACAUGCAAGGUUACUGAGGCAGGAGGAGGAUAAAUGAUGUAUUGACCAAGACUAGCUUGAGCUGAGAUUGCCAUAUUAUCUGUUCACGUCGUUCACAAAGCAGCCUUCACUCGUGUCAGUGAGAAUUCGAUGGACACAUGCCCUGACGAGCAAGGAGCUUCAGUUCAAUGCACUCUUUUCACAUUUUGUUGAAAUAAACAUCCACAUUUGUAGAAGA